GGCUAGUGGCAUCUGCCUCUCCCGACACCGCAGUACACAAGGCCCUCUCAUUCAUCGUUUGGGUCACUGAGUUGGCCUUACAUUUCACGCCCUUACGCCUUACUCUGACCCUCCACCGUGACCCUGCAGUGCCACAAGUGCCAUUCGGACCUUAGUACUAACUCGUGUAGUGCCAAAAGUGCCUGGGAGUGCCGGGAAAUGAGUGAUAUGAAGGCGUGAAGGAGUGACACAGGCGGGCGUUCCUCGUGGGUCGUUUGGUGAUGGAGGAGUGGCCUGGCGGCGGCGGUGGCAGCUUGACACAGCAGCGUGCAGGUCUUGGCGUCCCCACACAGCCUGCAGCAGCCGGCCUAGCCCACACCCAGCCCACCUGUGCUGAGGGUAGCCUGAGUCGGGGCUGGUGGAGUCUGGCCUACCCUGGCCACUGGGACUGGAGCAACAGGCGAGCUGUGUGUGGCUGUGUGACGAGAUGAACAGUGGCCACACGGCCAAGGAAUGUGCUGGCCAGCGGGUGUGAGUGAGUGAGUGAGUGAGUGAGUGCGCGUGCGGCCAGCGGCGGGAGACACAUGCCAGACACCGCCGACGGCCGCUGCCACCAGUGUGACAGAGACCACGGUGCAUGGCCGCCACGCUGGCCGCCCCCGGCCGGCAAUGAGGAAGGCCGAAGUGAUGAACGUUGGCCCGGCGGCCGUGCUGGGCCGGGGCACUGCGGGCCGUGCCCCGGCCGGGCUGGGAGGGCCAGUGAGCUCCCUGGACUGUGGCCCGCUGCUGGGGACGGCCCCGGCCCACUCAACUAAUGUUCUCAAUAACAACAACAAUGUGGAGGCGAACGGCCUGGACGAUGCCACUGCCAACAAUAACAACAACAGCAGUACCAACAAUAACAACAACAAUAAUAAUAACAGUAACAAAAGCAGCAACAGUAACAACAAUAACACCUCCAACACCAACACUAACAGCAGCAGCAGCAGCAGUGGCAGCAGCAGCAGUCACAAGGCUGGUGGUGGGCGGCGCAAGGGUGGGGAGGGGUGGGCAGGAGGGGACGGGGUGGAGCAGGGCUCGCUGGGGUAUGUGAGUGAGCGCGUGCGAGCGCUGAGCAUCAGUGACAGGUCGCGGGGUGGUGGCGGUGGCCACAGGUUUGGCUCGGCAGAUCUGCGGGCGUCUUACAAUGAGCGGUUGCGGUCUGGCCCGGCCAGCCUGCAGCCCCUGGGGAGGGGCGGCCCAGGCUCCCGGCCUGGCCAGGAGGUGGGCGGUGGCUUUGUGUACCUGAGGGGACCGGUGGGGGGUGGCUUGUACCGCAGCAACUCCUCCCUGGACCUGGACCAUGAGGGUGAGGAGCCGCCGCCGCCCUCACCGCUGCGGCGGGAGUAUGGCUCCCACGGCUCCAUCAAUGUGGCUGCCGCACCGCCCGAGGCACUCUACUCCAUCCUGCGUGACCUGCAGCCGCCCAGCCAGGCACUGCGGGCUGGCCAGGGCGAGGUGGCGGGGGUGGUGGGGCCGGUGGAGGCGGAGGCCACGUCCCCCAAGGCGCGGUCUAAGUUCCAGCGGCUGUGGGACCGGGACAAGUCGUCCAUCUUCAGGAAGCUGCGGUCCAGCCGGGGUGCUGAGGCUCCCAAGGUUGACAACGCCUCAGACUCCAGUGGGGGCGGGGCAGGACGCACCCAGCGGCCCGCCGAGGCCAAUGGGGAUUCAGACAGCCGGGGUGAGGAUGUGCCAGCUGCUGUUCCAGCCCGGCGGUCGGCCUUCGCCCACUACGACUGCCGGUCACUGGCCAGCCAGUUCAGCGCCAGCCAGACCCGCCAGCUGCUGGCAGAGCGUGUCAACACCACCACCGGCGCCUCGGCUGCUGCCAUGGCUGCCACACCGCACCACGACAGCACUGAGGACCUCGGCCCGGAGGAGCUGGACCCGGGUGACGGCCGCAGCAACACCCUCAUCAACAGCUGCCCCUUCUUCCGCAACGAGCUGGGUGGCGAGGGGGAGCGCGUGGUGAGCCUCAGCAGGGACUGGGGCAGCGGCAGUGGUGGCAGCAGCCCCAUGGCGGCCACCAACCUGCACCGGCCCGUGGCAGCCUCCACACUGGGACUGCUGGAGCCGCCCAUUGGACUGUCCCACUGGCAGAUGACCCUGUGUCCCUACGUCAGGACUCCCCUCACUGUGGAGGCCGUGGACCAGGGCUCAGCAUACUACAGGAACUACUUCUGUGGCCAUGAGCACCAGAAUUGGUUUGGCGUGGAUGACUCGCUGGGACCGGUGGCCAUCAGCAUCCGGCGGGAGAAGGUGGACGAGGGCAUGGACUCCACCCACAGCCUGCCCACCUACCAGCACCGCCUCAUUGUCCGCAGUGCUGAGUUGUUCAGUUGUCAAGGCACAGUGCUGGAGGAAAGUCUUGGCCGGCCAUCGGGAGAGAAGGGGCGCAGUCCAGGAGUGCGGGAGGCCCUGGAGUAUGUGUGCCCACAGCUCUCCCUUGGCUGUCUGCGUCUCGGCCAGUCAGGAUCCCACACGGAGGAGGCCCUGGCAAGGCUUGAUGACCUGGGCAUACAUAACAAGUUCAAGGUGGGUGUGUUGUACUGCAAGGCGGGACAGACCACAGAGGAGGAGAUGUACAACAAUGAGAGCGCUGGGCCGGCCUUCUCUGAGUUCCUGGAAAUGCUGGGACAGAGAGUCAGACUGAAGGAUUUUGACAAGUACCGAGGUGGCCUGGAUAAGAAAACUGACUCCACGGGGCUGUACAGCGUCUACAAUCAGUACCGUGACGUGGAGGUGAUGUUCCACGUGUCCACCCUUCUUCCGUUCACCCCAAACAACCGCAAGCAACUCCUCCGCAAGCGACACAUAGGGAACGACAUAGUCACCAUCGUGUUUCAGGAGCCUGGUGCGCCUCCCUUCAGUCCUCGCCACAUUCGCAGCCACUUCCAGCAUGUGUUCAUUGUGGUGCAGGCCAUCAACCCGUGCACCGAGAACACACAGUACAGAGUUGUGGUGAGCAGAUUCAAGGACGUGCCUCUGUUUGGCCCCAUGAUGCCUGAAGGAGCCACCUUUCCCAAAUCCAAAGGCUUCACUGACUUCCUCCUGGCUAAAGGUGAGAAUGGGGAGAUGGCAGCUUUGCGUUCGGAGAAGUUCGCAGCGAUGGCAACACGCACACGACAUGAGUACUUGAAGGACCUGGCACUGAACCACUCCUCCUCCACCACGCUGGACACCUCCACUAAAUUCUCACUGAUGGGGUUCUCUCGAGGCAGCAAAAAGGACAAGAGAGGCAUUAAGUAUGUGCCAGACUCCUCGCUGCGUGGUGCUCUCUCUUGGCCAAUGACUGUCCAUGAUGCCGCCCUACAGCAGAACGUGGACUGUGUGCUGGGUGUGUCGGCGGACUCUCUGGUGGUGGUAGAGGAGGCAACGGCAGCUGUCAUAUUCGCUGCCCCAUGCAAGAGUGUCAUUGGCUGGACCCUCAGGCCGCAGCAGGGGCUGCGAGUGUUCUACCAUCAGGGGGAGUGCCUUCUGGUCCACCUGCGCCCUGGGACCCCUGAGACUGAAGGGGAGGAGGUGCUGGCCGAGAUUGUAGCCAGACUCUCAGCUGUCACACAGGGAGCUGAGACUCAGGAUCUGGUGCUGAGACGUAAUCCUGCCGGCCUGCUGGGGUUCAAUGUGCAGCAGGAUGGCGUCAUCACGGAGGUGGAGCCCUAUGGUUUGGCGUCGCAGGCUGGGCUGAGACAAGGAGCCAGGCUGGUGGAGAUCUGCACGGUGACGCUGGCCACACUGUCCCAGGAGCAGAUGGUGGACCUCCUCAAGACCUCCAUGACCGUCACCGUCACCGUGGUGCCGCCCCACCCCGACGGGGCGCCCCGGCGAGGCUGCAACGUUCCCACCUGUGGCUUCCUCCUAGGCGGCAGUGAAGGGGACUAUGAGAACCUUACAACACCAGAGCAGCUCUCCUCCCGCAGGCACCACCACCAUCACCAUCAUCACCACCACCAUCACCCACACCACCACCGCAAGUCACACCACAGGGAGGCUCAUAGGUAUGACCGCAGCCUGUCGCCUCCACGUUCCAGCAGCAGUUCGGGCUACGGGACAGGCAGCUCCUCUCGUUCCUUCUCCGACCACCCUGAAUCCUCCCGGCCGUCCCAUCACUCCUCCGCCCACCCUGGAGACCGGCAGAACAACAACAGUGGGGAUUACGAGGCAGCGGGUGACGGGGAGCGUGGUGGCAGUGGCGGUGGCAGCGGCGGCGGCAGCGGUGGCGGCAGCAUAGAGGCCACAGGAACCCUCUCCAGCACCAGUUCUGGCCACUCAAGCGACCAGUGGACCGAACCGCUGGAUGAACCAACCGACUCACCACCACCACCACUACCUGCACGGUCCGCCCAGAGCACCAAGCGACGUGGCGAAUUCUACCGCACUUACCACGGCCACACCUCCUCCACCUCCUCCCCAUCCACACACCACCACCACCCACAUCCACACCAGUACCCAUCACAACCACCACCAGCAGCUUCACCAACAUACCCAUUCACUUACACCACAUAUGCAUCCACAUCCCCCGCUCCACAUGCAACCUGCCCCUCCGCCUCACCCUCCCCCACCCUGGCAUGGCCCCACGUCUCUGAGUCCACACAGGGAAUGGAGAAUGAUAACUAUGCUGUUCCGCCACCUCAUCCACGCCCUGUCACUGCUGCGGCUGUUUCUGAUGAGCCGCUAAGACAACUACCAAGUGCCAGCGACUAUGAUAACGCUCCCUUGCGACCGAGUGAGGCGGCAGCAGCAGCGGCGGCACGGGUGAGGAGUGGCAGUGACCAUGCAGUGCCAAGUCCCCCGCCAGGUGUCACCCAGGGCCAGGUGAGCGAGUACCUGGCAUGGCGCAAUGAACGUCUGAACGGCAACAUGCGCUCCAGCAGUCUGCCCGGCCACCUUCCCCGCCCCCCCGGCCAGGACGACCCUCCAGCCGCCCCCCUGGAUCGCUUACACCCAACACGCAGCGAAGACGAGCUCUCAGGGGGCAGUGGAUCACCCAGCAGCCGUCACCAGCACCGUGGAGGAAGCAUCACCCCGUCCUCCGCCUCCUCCCGCAACCAGUCCCCGCGCACGGUGGCAGCAGAGGCCAGGCUGAGACAGGCAGCUGCUCCACGCAAGAACAGCCAAAGGAAUUCGGCAAAUCUGGGCGCCUCUUCUAAUCUACAAGAGGAACUGUUCCGUCUGAUCAACCCAGACUAUAUAUCGGAUGGGGACGGUGCGAGGGAGGGUGCGGAGAGGCCCAGGGCAUAUAGUCUAGGCGUUCCUGCCCUCAGCCGUGGCGGUGGGAGCUCUGACAAACCCUCCGGCAAGACAGGAGGUUCAGGAGGGAUGGGUGUGGAGCGCACUAACCCUUCCAUGCAUUUACUGAGCACCACCAAGCCUCCUCCACCUCAGGGCACAUCUAUAGGGUACAGAGGACACCCACAGCAGCCUCACCCGGCCCUCAUCCGUGACGGUGCAGCUGAAGGGCCGCCACAGACCUCCCAGCAGACCGAGGUGGCUGAGGUGGUGGUCUUGACAGCACGGCCAGCCACUGUCAUCUCCAAUUCCUCCACGUCCAGCCCAGCGCCGGCCAGCGAGCAGAAGGCCGGACCCAACGCAGACCACAGGAUGAGAGGGCAAGCACACCAAGGGGACGUUAGCCACAGGGGAAUGACGCAGGAUAGCAGCAAGAUUCACCCACGGCUGGACACUCUGGAGGACAAGAAGAGCUCGGAGGGCAGCGAAUGGGACAGGGGCAGUGGACCAGGGCUAGAUGUGGACCAGGAGUGGACGAGCCUUGUCAACACAGCUACCCAGGCCAUAGAGAAGAAUGUGGAGGUCGGGGCAGCACCAGCCAGGCCGCCACCCCCUCCUCCAUCACAGUGGCCGCCUCACCACCUCCCCACACACAGCACCAGCGGGACAGAGACGCCCAUCCUGCAUGACCGCGUGGCACAGCUGGAGCGCCGCCUGGCCGAGGAGCAGCAGCGGUCUGAGCAGCUAGAGGACGAGGUGAGUCAGCUGCGCAGUGAGAACCGCAAGCUGCAGGAGGAUAGUCGCGCCGCUGCCCAACAGCUGCACCAGUUCACCGAGUGGUUCUUCAACACCAUUGACAAGACGUGAUGCAGUGACCAGUGCUGCCAUCAUGCCAUCUCCCCGUCGUCUCAUAGCUGCUGUGUCACUCCUCCCCUCACCCCAGUCACCAGGGCAUCACCAGUCUGUCGUUUCACCGCUGCAUCAGCACACACACUGCUGUCCUGGUGUCCCUCACUGGUUGGGAGGAGUAAGUUUGGUGUGUUUUUGUGUCUCGUCACCGUGUUUCAGCCAGAUUGCAUUCUCAGCCACCAGGAGAUAUAAUACUACUACCACUACUACUACUACUACUAGGUGUCUAGGCUACUACUCUUUGUACUGUCUGUUGAGGUAUUCAUGUCAUGAACAGCCAUAGAGAACGAUGUACUACUACUACUACUACUACUACUACUACUACUACUACUACUACUACUACUACUACUACUACCACCACCACUACUACCACUACCACCACUGCUAAUACUAGUUAACUAUUCAGUGGUCUACAUAUCAGUGUUUGGCACAUGUUGCCUGUUGCUUUCACUUUCUCAAUUGUUGUGUUGAACAUUGAGUUGGUUCAUGUCGUGUCAUUUCAUGUUUCCUUGGACAUCACAGUACUGAGCAGAGCACAGGCCUGCUGAUACCAUGCCAUGCCAGGCCAGGCCAGGGCAGGCGUGGUGGCGGCAUGUUUUGUGCAUCACUCAAUUGUUUAGUUGAGCAACACUGGGUCUGAGAGUUGUCACACGUCUCCUGAAGGGCAUCAUGCUGUUGUAUCGAGAGGCAUUCUCAAUACCAAAUUGGAUUAGAAUUAGAAUGUAACCCAGUGUGGAUGUUGCCGCCCUGGCCAUCCAUCACUGCCCAUCCCCCACCCACCCACCCACCCCGGGCUGCCUCUCACCCUUGUCCUGCCGUCCAGUGACUCGAGCCGGCAAGCCUACUUAAUUUUAACAGAGCUGAAAGUGCCUUUUUUUCAUUGUUACCAAAGUGGCGCUGCCCCUCCCCUGCCCCUGCCGCAGGGCAGCACCACACUGCACCGUCCUGUGGCCAGGCGGGGUGUCGGGGCAGCACCACUGUGCCCGUUAUAUUCCCCAAACGGAACUUCUCCGAGUGCCUCGUCUCCACACGUUGACUAAAGCCAAAGAGUGUUUUGUUUUUCCCUCCGGGGAUGAGAAAAUCUAUUAACCGCAAUGUACAAUAAACAAAGCGUUUAAGCCAAGUAACUGAAGGUUAGUAUUAAGACUCCAGCACCGCCCUGGACCAUCAGUUUGGUAAUGUUGCAGCAGCCGUGUGACUGUGUGUGUGUGUGUGUGUGUGUGUGUGCGUAUGUGUAAUAUGCAGAAAUAUUCUCCUGGAAGCCAUUCUUGAUUUAUUUUUCAUCAAUGUGUGUGUGUGUGUGUGUGUGUGUGUAUGUGCCUUAUUUUGGUCGAUAUGUGUAGAUGCUGCAACACUUAGCACUUUUAGGACUAGUAGAGUAUAUUGAUUACUUUUGUAUCAGUUUUUAUUUUUGUCUGUAAUAGAAAGUUAACCUAAACCA